GCUCGGGGUCGUUCCUUGUUUGGAGGAAGAUGACAUGCUGUAUCAUUGGAAGACAGCUCCCAACAGAAUGCUGACACCGUCGCUACAGAAGCAUAGGCCAAUCGGUGCACUUCGGUAACAUGAACCUUGUUAUUCCCAUUCCAAAUACCUACCUUAGCUGCAAAUCGGUAUCAGUGGCACCAUCGGAUGUGGGCUGAGCCAGAUGGUAUUAGUCAGAUCCUGCCCCCACAACUCUACUUCUGUAGACACUUCCCAUGUUCAAGACUUCAGGAAGGUACCGCUCAGACUCAUCUUUUGCUCUCAAACUAUCAUGGAGCCAGAAUAUAGAACACGACGGCCUCACAAAAAGUCACGAAAUGGUUGUUUGCCAUGUAAACAGCGUCGGAAAAAGUGUGAUGAGCGCAGGCCAUGCUGCACCAGAUGUGCUGACCGAGAUCUGAAAUGCCAAUAUCAGUCGCGCCAACCGCAAAGGGAGGAUUGGCUUCCAGUCUCCCCUGCGCUGUCCCGCUCACCGUCGGUUCUUUCCAUCCAUGGAACAGGUUCCUUGAACGCAGAGGAGCUCGAAUUGCUCCGACACUACCUCACCCACACUUCCCGGGCAAUACCUUACGACGACGACGACCUUUACGCUCUCCAGGAAGGAUUUCCAAAUCUUGCCUUUCGCUCUCGAGCUCUCAUGAACUCGAUUCUCGCAUUGGCGGCGAUAUGCAAGUGUCACGACAUCAUAUCACAGCCCACGGUAGACGAAAGGCACAGAGAUGAGGCCUACGCAUUGUUACUGAUCGCAGAGGAUCGGCAUAGGGAGUCAUUACGACGAACUCAAAAUGAUAUCUCUAACCUCCAUCGAGAAUGCUACGAUGCCACUCUCGCCAACGCGCCGUUGAUGGUCUUGUACAUUCUGGCAAAUCACUCUGUUCGAAUUCAGUGGGCGGGGGCCAUGCCUGAUAUCCCAACCGGCUUUGUUCCAACACAACUACAAUGGGUAUCCCUCAUCCGCGCGGCCCACCUCGCUUACAAUGGCAUGCUGAAUGACAUUGACCAGCCGUGCGAGCCUUGCUCAGACACAAACUUUGGAGAAAGUAUCCCUCCAGCCAGCCCUCUUUACCAACUAUCACCCGAUCCUAUAAUCCGUGUUACUUCGCCCGAGGACGGCCCCAUGAAGCCUACUAGGGACCUUUUCCUCCCCAUCCUAGCGGCCACCUUCCAAGCCGCCAUCAAAGGCUUACGGAUGAGGGCCGAAGUCAAACGGGCUGAAAUGCCAACCGAUCCCGGCAUCGCAUUUUCUUUUGUGGCAUUGCGGGCCUUCGAGGCCAUUGCGGACGAAGUUCUCCACACCAACACAAACGCCAUCCACUCGAAGCUGUCACCAUCAAGCAGCCAUUCAUCGCCCGCGCCGCCACCCCCUAGGAGCCGAUUAUCUUAUGUCUCGCCCUGGCUGCGCAACUAUCUUGCUCGUGUCACCAUGGCCACCCCAACGAGGCCCUUCAGACGCACAAUCACCGCUUUUGUCAACAGGGUUCCAGCCGAGUAUUUAACUCUACUUCAGACGUCAGUGGAGCACCUUUCUGACUGCCGUGCGGUCGAAGGGGUAGUAGCUUCUGAGGGGCUUGCUGUCGACAUUUUUGCACAUUGGCUGGUCUUGGUAAUGUUGCUGGAUGGGGUUUGGUGGAUUGGCGGGAUAGGGGCUUGGGAGCUAGGUAGAAUUGUAACAAUUAUAGGUAACAAGGGGCUUGGGUCCUUACAGGAGAACAAUACUUGGUGGCCGGCGAGCAUGUAUAGAAUUUAUGCUGAGUUGAAGAAACAGGUGAUCACGGACGUUGGGACAGAGGGUCAUAUCUGAUUAUUUACAGUCGAAAUCAGGGGGAGUGGAAAAUUUGCUACUGCCCUAACUUUUAAUAGAAUAAUUCACGGUUCAUAGAUGGGUACAGACAAGAAGAUAUGAUGGGUUGAUUGAUUUAAA